AUGGCGCCUCCAACUGGAACGGCUUCGUACAAGAAGAAAGACGGAACUUUGACACUGACCGCAGAUGAGCAGACGCUCACCUGGACGCCCGCUGUGGCCGGUCCUUUAGCUCUAUCUAUUCCGGUGACCACGAUCACAAAUCUACAACAAACCCCGGCUUCGAACCCGAAAGUCAUGCUCAAAGUCUUCGGUGUAGCCACGAGCGCCCCGUCGAAUAGCACCGCCGAAGCAUACACCUUUCUUUUCACGGCCGGUCCGGAUGCCCGUCCACAGGCAGACGCUAUCAAAGACACGCUCAGCACUCGAAUCAAUGCGGGAAAGGCGGGAACACCUACCCAGACCCCGAGGCCGGGAGCGAACGGGGGAGGUGUGUCGGCAGCUAUGGCCAUUGCGAACGCAGUCUCGUCGGCUGGGAUAGCGAAGAACCCGUGGGAUGAUGACAAUCGACUAAAGGGUGAUGUGGAACUACAGCAGUCUCUGUUGAAGGCAGAUUCUACGUUGCAGAGGAUGUUCAUGGAAUCAUUGCAUACAAAGCCAGAAACUUUGAGUUCGGGACAAUUCAUGUCGCUGUUCUGGUCGACCCGACUUCAUCUUCUUCGGGCACACGCUAUCGAGCGAGCGCAGACCCGUGGCGCCUACAACGUCCUUUCCUCCCUAAAACCGCGUGUCGAGGAGAACGUGACUCGACUGAAUAUCAGCAAAGAGCAGAUCCAAUUGAUCUUUACACAACAUCCACUCGUCAAGCGCGUGUACGACGAGAACGUGCCCAAGUUGAGCGAGCAGCAAUUUUGGUCGCGAUUUUUCCAGAGUCGACUGUUUAAAAAGCUGCGUGGCGAACGUAUCUCUGAUGCAGAUGCUAUUGAUCCCGUGCUGGAUAAAUACCUACAGGAUGAUGCGGCAGACAUUAACCGCGACGCAAAUGUGCCGCAUUUUCUGGACAUGGCUGCCAAUGAAAGCCACCACAGUCAACGCCGUGGAAACCGGCCCGACCUGGAUAUGCGUCCUUCUGGUGUCGACAAAGUUCCCAUCAUUCGGACCCUCAACAACUUGAGCCAAAAGAUUAUGGCCAAUGUCGCCCCGGCCGAUGGCGACCCGAGUGCUCCUAUUGGUAUGACCGAAGAAGCGUGGAAGAAAUUGCAGCUGCAAGACCUUCGAGGAGAUGAGGAACAGGCUCGUCUAACCCUCAAUAUAAGCGACCAAAAUCGCUUCUUCUCCCAAGCCCAGGAGGAUGGCCAGAAGCGGGCACUCGAGCAACAAGAUCCGGACAAGAUUCUGAGUGAUCUUCGUUCAGAGAUUAAGCAAAGCUUACCUUUGGGUGGUACGGCACCAAUACAAAGGCUCGUGGACCCUGGUGAUGAUGAAGACGAGGAAAUGGAAGACGCAUCUACUAGUCGCCGAGCUGUCGGAUCAUCCGCGGCCCUCCACGACGCAUUUGCCCAGAUCCUGAGUGCCGUUCGUGGGAGACGUACCCACAUGAAUGAAUCCAGCACUUCUAAUACCUUCGGAUUGUCAGCCGGUCUUUACGAUCGAUUGACCUUGACUCAUGCGACAUCCACAGAAUUCUUGCAUCAAUUCUGGCAGGCUUUUCUCUCGGGAGAUCCGGACCGCGCCGGCGAAGCUGGCUCUCUGUCCGAGUCAUUACAGCGCGCAAUCGAUCGAAUCAAGGCUGUUGCAAAUGACGCCGAAGCCGAGCGACAGGUUGAGGUUAAUCGGCUCAAGCAGCACGCGCGCGAAGUCUAUGAAAAGUCAGGGCGUCGGUUACGAAUGAACCUGGAUAAGGUAGAAGGUGGCCAAAAAGCCGUCAAUCAGCUGCUGGGACCUACGAUGCACGCAUUAGAGCUAGCAUUAAAUCGGUACCAGACAACACUGGCGGAACAGAAGAAAGAGGCUGCCUCGCUGGGAGUGUAG